UUUGCUUGUUUCCUGCACAGGAGAUCAUCAGCUUUCAGAGCGAUAGAGGCCAGAAGGCGGCAAUUCACCCCCGUCAGCAACUGGACACAGAGAGCAGCACCCGAUCAGGUCUUGUUCUACAUGUUCCACUGUAAACAUAAAUAAGGCUCAACACCUGUCGCAAAACUCAACAACAGCUUGGCUGCAAUUUGCAGCAAUGAAACGCCGAGUUGGAACAGUGUUGGGAAAGAGGAAACAAAUCUCUGAAACUCCGAGACAUGACAAACCUGAUGAAUCGAUGAAAUGGUCACCAUCACCACAACCAAACACAUUCACCUCUGGCGGGAAUGAAACAGCGAGUACAACUGCAGUUACCCAAACACAUUGUGAUACGGUUGCAAAUCCCAACCAGUGUUCCACCACUUUGGGUGGGUCGAAUGAGACAGCAUCCGUGGAAAUUGAGCCGAUUGCCAUUGCAGAGGGCGAUGCGAUGAUCUGCGGUGUGCAUCAGACACCCGGCAACACAACAUCAGGCAAUGUCUUCUCUUUAACUGACUUUGAGGAAAGCCUUAAAGAGACGAUAACGAACAAAGGUACAAACACCUUAUUCCCUGAGACCCUGGCCCUGUACGAUGAUCACCAGCUGCACAAACUGACAGAGUUCUGCCGAGACAGAUUGGAACAGGCCAUUGAGGAAGGCGUGGAGGACAUCAGCUCAAGGCUGACUGAGAAGGAAUGUUUCAGUCCGCAGGAACACAAAAAGCUCACUGAGCUCACACACAGUGGGCAGAAGACACAAAGCUCGAAAUUUCUUCUGAACCUGGUGAUGGGAAAAGGUUCCCAUGCCCUGAGAGUGACGUGGGAAUCCUUUGUGGAAAUGAGGUCCACUUUGCCCAAACUGAACAAAAUUAUGACUGAAAUACAGGAACAAGGUGCCAGUCUGGUGGAUGAGGUGACCAUUGACCGAAGUAUUCCAGACGUCCCCAUUAAUAUGAUAGCUAUUCAGCGACUGCACAAGGAGACGUUACAGAAGCAAUGUGAGAAACUGGAGGUGAAGACCAUCCUGAUAAAGGAGAAGGUGAGGACGUUUCAGUUGGUUGAUCUCUACACGGAGUUAACAAUUAUUUCUGAUGUACGUGACCGGGAACUGGUAGAACAUGAGCUGCUGGCGAGAGGCAGAGAACACGAGGAGUGGAGACAGAAGCAACUCCAGAGAGAGCUGGAAAAAAUCCGAACUGAUAAACUGUUCCACAGCAGCUUCUCAAAAGGAAGUCAUUUACAUUCCUCUCAGGGAAGCGCUUCUGACUCUCCCACUGGGAUUUCCGCAGUAGUCAGUGGAGUGGCUGGGAUUGGCAAAACAACCAUGGUGCAAAAGAUUGUCCAUGACUGGGCCACAGGCAAAAUUUAUCCUCACUUCCACUAUGUAUUUGUUUUUAAAUUCCGAGACCUAAACAAACUUUACGACAGAACAACAUUGGGCGUUCUAAUGGUGGAGCAGUAUCCUUACCUCAGGGAUUUUCUGGAUGAGCUGUGGAAACAUCCAGAGAGAUUGCUCUUUAUAUUUGAUGGUUUGGAUGAAUUCAGGACAAGGAUUGAUUUCGCUGACAGUCGGAGAGACACAGAGCCUCAGCGCAAGUGCACAGACCCUGAAUGUCUCUGUGAUGUGUCUGACAUUGUGUACAGUUUAAUACAGAAAAAACUGCUGCCAGGCUGCUCAGUGCUGGUGACCAGCCGCCCCACUGCAUUACAUUUGCUGGCAAAGGCUCGGGUCAGUGUCUGGGCUGAAAUCUUGGGGUUUGUGGGUGACGAGAGAAGGGAAUAUUUUCACAAGUUCUUUGAAGAUCAGGAGGUGGCGGCAGCUGUUUACAGCCACGUGGAGGAGAACGAGCUCCUGCACACCAUGUGCUGCAACCCGUCCUACUGCUGGAUUCUCGCUCUGUCUCUGGGUCCCUUCUUUACACGGACACGCCGCAACAAACAGCAAGUUCCCAAGACAGUCACACAACUCUUCUCCUAUUAUAUUUACCACAUCCUAACACAUCAUAGUGUCAAGAUAGAAAGCCCCCGUGAUGUGAUGCUGAAGAUUGGUGAGAUGGCCUUCACUGGAGUCUCCCAGUGCAACAUUGUCUUUACUGAUGAGGAUCUGAGCAAAACUAAGCUCGAACCUUUCCAGUUCCUCUCUGGCUUUCUCAUGGAGCUUGUGGAGAGAGAGUCUUCAGAGCACAGCGUGGUGUACACCUUCCCGCACCUCACCAUCCAGGAGUUCUUAGCCGCACUCGCUCAAUUCCUGUCUCCAAAUACAGAAAGUAUUCAGGAAAGACUUUAUCAAACUUGCGGUGAAGAUGACGGCCGGUUUGAGAUAUUCCUGCGCUUUGUUGCGGGUCUCUCCUCCCCACGGGCAGCUCAGCCACUGGGGAAGAUUCUGGGUCCAUUUGUCGAACAGACAACCUUCGCAGUGAUCAAUUGGCUGAAGGUGAAAUUUGGAGCUGACACGAAAUUCAGCAAGAGCACCAGGGGGAAAAGAAAGCUGCUGAACACACUCCACUAUCUAUUUGAAUCUCAGAAUCAAAUCCUGGCACAGCAAACACUGGGCUCUGUACAAACACUGGCAUUUGGUGAUGACUCUUCCAGCAAAGCAUUGAGACUAACACCGAUAGAUUGUGUUGUGUUGUCUCAGGCCAUUGGACUGUGUGACACAAUAAAACUGCUGGAUCUGAGGAGCUGCUACAUUCAGGAUGAGGGUCUCCAGCGUCUGGUUCCUGUUCUGCAUAAGUGUCAGGAGUUGCAGCUGGGGGUCAAUAGCAUUGGAGAUUCUGGAGUGAAGCGAAUGUGUGAGGCUCUGAGGAACACACAUUGUAAAAUAGAGAAACUGGAGCUGGGGGAUAACAACCUGACAGCUGAUUGUACCGAGGAUCUGGCCGCCCGCUCUCACCACAAACCACUCACUGACCGAGCUGGACCUGAAUAAGAAUGAACUGGGAGAUUCCGGUGUGACGCGAUUGUGUGAGGCCCUGAGGAAUCCGGAGUGUAAAAUAAAGAGUCUGUGGUAUGUAACACAUUGUAUCUCCAGAGUCUGAAUGACUCCAAUAUCUCAAUGUGUUUACUGUGAUGGUCUGAUCAGUGCGCCUGAAUAUUGUGAAGGAAUCGGUGUGACAGUGCGAGGGCACAAGCCAUCGUUUACAUCAAACUCUCAACACGUAUUAGUAAUACACCAAGUGCUGGAAACCUCAGCUCUAUUACCAUGUGGACAGUCACAGCUCUGACCCCUAAACUGGCUCCAGCCCCACACCCGCUCCCAUUGUG